AUGCGAAUGGAGGACCCGCCGCCAUCGUCCACGCUUGUCCACGCGUCUACUCAUUGGGUAGAUCAAGAGGGGAUUCGCAACGCGGAAUACGGUGGGAUCCCCCCCGCCAAAAGCAACACGGACGACGACAACAUGUUCGGCGGCAACGACCGACUCACCAAGGACCCGAGCCUGCGGCGAUCGUUCCCGGCUGCGCCGGCCUGGGGUGGAGACGGUGCAAGCCUCGGACACGUAGCAUCAGCAAGAGCAACACCGGGGGGUUCUGGAGCAGCGCCCGCCACGCCUGACGGAUCAGCGGCACGAGCACCGAGGAAAGAAGGUGGAGGGAGAACACUGGGUGAAAACUCCGGGAUGAUGAGCGGGCUAGCGGUGGAAGCAGGCGAUGGCGGGGAGGGGGGCGGGGUUGGCCGUGCACAAAGCAGCACGGGUGGAGGGGACGCGCGGCUCCGGGGUCUCACCAGCAAGCUCCGGCAUCCGCUGGCGGACGUGCGCGGCCGUGCCAUCUCCAAUCUGAGCGGGAAAAUCUCGUUGGGCCUCCUAAGCCCCUCGGACCUAUUGCGGGAGGAGCCAUCUUUUUUCUCGGACGUUGUUGCUCUUCUUUCGGAAGGGAUAGGGUUUGAACCAUCCGGAAACCGGUCUCCGGAGCGCGGGUCGUUGGAAGGAAGUUCCGCAUCGGCGAUCCUGGUGCUCAACCUCUGCGUGCUGCUAGUAAAGGACCCGGGAUGUCGCGCUCGUCUAGCGGGGGGGGGCGCCGCCAUCCCCCUCUCCAGGAUGAUGACGAUGGCUGAGUCUUCGCGGACUAAAGGCGGAGGCGAGCUUCGUCUCCUCGCGGCAGAGGUCUUGGAGCUCGUGGAAACCUCCCCGGGUACCCGUGUAGCUCCUGAAUCCGUGGCGGUUUCGGGGGAGGGGCCGGGUACUGCUAGCCUCCCACCGGUAACGGUGCCUGCGCGUCAGCAGGGAUUAGCGUGGAGGGAAGUCGACCUUCCGAACGGUCAACAAAGUCCAGAGCACCAGCACCAGCACCAGCAGGAGACGGAGGAGGCGUGCGCGCUAUUCGGAGACGGGUCGAAGCCCAGGUGGCCCCGCUGGACGAAGGAUUUCGUGGACGGCCCCCUGUUGUCCGCCGGGAAGAACGCUUCGUCCGAAACCGUGGUGGCCUGCCUCUGCGCGGGGUGGCGCUUCCCGCACGUGCGCCUGGUCAGGUCGGAAGAGUCGGCGCUUUUCGACUUCGAGGUCCGCUUCCGCACCGCCUCGACCCCCGCGGGCGAGACCGGCCUGCUGCGCUGCCUGAGGCACCUUCGCGACGAGAUCGUGGAGGACUAUCCCCCCGAGGUACUCCUCCAGAGGCCCGGAUCGUUCGGCCGCUUGCUGUCGCUGCUAAGAACUCCUUCCGCCAGCGAGCGCGUGAUCGAGGAGGCCCUGUCGACCGCGAGCCGGCUCCUCGAGCGCCUGGUGAGGUCUGCCCGCCUGCACCAAGAUCCGUCGUUCUUGCCCCCCUCGCCUUCGGCAAGUGUUGACAUCGACGACCAAAGAGCCCCCGCAGCGGGAGAAUCAGACGGGUAUGCCUUCGGCGGGGCCCCGGCCGGCUACGUCCCGGGGGGUGGCGGGGCUGCAGGCGGUAGUACCGUAUUCGGUACCCGGUACGGCCGUCACGGUGGAGGGAAACGGGGAGCCGCCGGCUCCACCGGCGGCGGCGAGGUGCCGGAAGAGCUCGGGAAGGCGGGGCCAGGGGGCAGCGGAGGAGUUAGCGUGUGCGGCGCCCUGUUCGCGCUGUUCUUGUCGGCGUGCCCUCUUCUCGGGUACCCAGCCGCUAACAAAGCCAGGGUCACUCUUGCUAGUGGCGGGGGCAGGGUCAACCGCAGCGACGAGAAAGGAGGAGGACCGGCGUCAGAGCCGUCGGGAGGUCCAUCCAGGGUGGCUGUUUUGGCGGGAGAGAUGCUUCAGGCGGUGAUCCCGUACUUGCUCGAACCACAAGGUAAUGACGGGGACUGGGGUGAGAGCACCGAUUCCGCCUCCGCCGGAGGAGUCGGGGGAGCAGCGGCUGGGAUGAUAACGUGCCCUGUUGACGCUCUCCGGGUGCAGGAGGUCCUGUGCAGCACGGGCCAAGUCCUAGGGUACACAGGAGGAGGAGUUGCACCAGAUGGUGGAGCGCCUGAACCGCUGGUGUCGAUCGCCGUCCAGCUACUGCUUCUACUAUCACCGGACGACUUGGUGCCAGGAAACGACGAACAAUUCGCCGGAGGCGGCUGUACCGUCGCUGAGACCAGCGUCAAGCUCCCUCCCAGGCUCGUUUUGCAGUUGCGAGACAUGGUGCUGGAUGCCGGGGAAGCAGAACGACGGCCCUCUCUCAGGUCGAGGCUGUGGCCUCUGCUUGCUAGGGCUAGUCCGAAGGAGGCGGAGAUGCUGCAGGCCGCCCAGGUCCUGACGAGGCAGGCCGCAUUGGUGCUCAACAUCGGGCGAGAAGGGGCAGGAGGAGGAUCAGGACCAGGAAUGAUCGAGGGUUGCGGCGGAGGGGCGGCGGCGAACCGAGGGACAUCCUGCGAUUGGUCGUGGGUGCGGGGGACGCUAGGACAGAUAAAGGCUGCGCUGCCCCUCCUUCGCUCCGUGGACGACCCUCGACUAGUCAGCAUUGCCGUGGCCCUCUGGUUCUCCGCCGCGAAUGCUGCAUUUUCCUCGUCGUCGGGCUCCACCUCGCCAGUCGAACCUCGGGAGGCCGAGGGGAUCGGUGGCGCGGUCGUUGUCAAAUUGGUGCACGGGGAGUUCGGAGAACGGGCGAGUGCCCAAGCAAUGCACAUGUUGGACGAGCUCACGGCUGCAGAUGACACAGUGGCGGCUGGAAGUGGUUGCAUCCAGGUUCCACCUAGCUUCGCCGAAGCCAUGGCUCGACACGGCCUUGCGGACCCUCGCAAGAGACCCUUGACGGCGACCCGCUUGGCGGCCGCGCUCGCCGUUGUCCUCGGAGGAGGUAACGGCGUCGCCGGAGAUCGUGUUGGUGCUGUUGCUUCGGCGGUAACGCGGUCGGCGCCGUCCUCACCGCUGUUUUCGGCGGUUCUCCUUCGAGGAACGGCGACAUCUGGUUCUCCGGGCAAUGCUGGUGGUGGUGGUGGUGCUGCUGCUUCUGCUCCUGCUGCGGCUGCUCGCCGGGUCAUCGCCAGGAGCUGCACGGCGCUACACGGGGUCCUACGCUCCGACGGCAAAGCCAAGAACGUCAGCCUUACCGCCGCCGCCACUGCUGCUGCUGCCACCGCGCGUGCCCUCUCGCCUACUCUCGAAGCGUUCAUCGAGGUCUGCCGUGCCGCUGAGCGUACCGCAGCGUCACCGACAACACCGUCGACAGCAGCAGCGCCGGCAUGGCCGGAUGAAGGAGCUGCCGCCAACGGCUGCUUCUGCGGACACGCACGCUUGCCGGCGGGACAGAGCGAAGAACGCGCUAGCAGCUGGCGAGAGGCCCGCCGUGCAGUGUCCUCGCUGCUUGACUUUGUUGACGGCCUCCUAGAGGACGAGACCAAGCAGGGCUUGCACCCAGCGGCCCAAGGCCAAUUCCAGGCCGGGGAUGGUGUGUUGUCAUCCCCUCCCCUCCGGCGCCACCGGUCGCCCACAACCAACCCAUCGCUGGUCAAGAGUGCUGCUGCGAGGAGGAUGUGGGUGGAGGUGCGGGGACUCUGCGGAGGAGAGGCGAACGCCAGGGCCGCGGCGUCGCGGCGGCUGGCGGGUUUGCUGAAAGAGACGACGAUUCCGGAGGACGAGCGCGGCGUCAAGCAAGGAGGGGCUGUACCGUUCCCUUUCCUCUACCUGGAUGACCCCCUUCACCUGCCGCCAUCCGCAACCCCUAUCGCUUCAACGGUCGCAAAUAACGGGGCAAGCGGUAAACCGGCGGCGUCAGAGAGGGCGCCGUCGGAAGGCCAGACGUUGUCUUUCUCGGCGGAGCACGUCAGGAACCUGGCGGACGUGGCGGGAGCCCCGUCGCUGGAGGGGGGUCUGCGGAGGGCGGCCGCUGAGCAGCUUCGGGGGGUGCUCGUGUCGCCGGGCGUGGCUGCGGUGGUGCUUUCGGACACUGGAGAAGAGGACCUCUGCGAGAGAGUUCUCAGCGCCGCGUUGUCGGGGCUACUGCCCCGGCCGCAGCCGCCGUCGUCCCCGAUCCCUUCCGGGUCCGACGGCGACCGAAGCGAAGACCCGUGGCCAUCGCCGCGACCACCCUGUCCGUUGCCGGGUAUCCCAUCGGCGGCGGCGGCGUCGCCCGGCACCGUUGUUACCGGUGGCCGUAGCGGCCGCAGCGGGGUCGGCGAGCAUCUGUGGGACGAGGCGUUCCUCGGGUUGUUGUUAGCGGCGGUGGGGGAGUUCGCCCCCAUCAGGCGUUAUUUGCUCGCAGCCUGUUCUGGCCGCGAAAGUGGCGGCUGUUCUAGAACGGCGGAGCCAGAGCUCGCUCUCGCGGCGGGAUCCCCUGCCCUGGGACACCUCUCCCGGAGUCGGAAGGGAGCAACAGCGGCGGCCAUCGUCCCGCCGAACGCCCUGCCGUCCGUUCUCCGGCGCCUGUACCACCCCCGGCCGUCGGUCCGGCGCUUGGCCGGCUCGGUCGCCGUCCGCCUUGCCUUCGACUCUCCUUCCUUCUUCUCCCCCCUCGAGUGCACCCUAGAGAGCCCCCCCUCUUCGCGUGUGGGGCGGGAUAGCGAUAACGAGCGCGGCCGUUGCGGCCGCUGCCGUGUUGGCGGGGUCGCGAGCCUAGGAGAAGGGUUCUCGGUCCCGAUGAUGGUUCUCGAGGCGUUUCCUCGCCUGGCGGAGCUGACGAGGGAAAGGACCAGCAGCGGUGGCGGUGGGAGCGAGAACACGGGAGGCGAUUCUUCACCCUCCCGCCGCAACGAGAACCGCAACGGCGCCAGCAGCAGCGGUAGACGCCGGCACGAAGCCUUCCACACCCUCGUCGCCAGCGAGUGGACUCUCGUUCUUAUCCCAGACACCGCCGCCGACGGCCCCGCUCACCGCCCAGGGGUAGCCGCCGCCGCCACCGCCGCCGCCGACCCCUCCUCGAAGAAGUCGGGCGAGAGGCACCAUCGCUCUGCGGUCGCUUCGCAGGUAGCGGAGGCGUUACGGGAGGCGGGGAGGCGUACGGAGUUCGAGGCGGCGAUGCUGAAGGCGCGGGCGUGGAUGCUGGCUGGCUUCGGCUGCUCGGAAGCCCUCUUCGGGCCAGACGGCGGGUGGGAAACCGCCUUCGAGAGGUUCUUACGAGCCCCUCCUAACGGUACGAAGGACAGGGCGGCAAUGCGGGACGUGACCAGCCUUCUCGUCGCGGGGACGGAUCACAUGUGUCCCCGGAGUUUCCAAGUUCUCGCGGACGCAGCGGAGGAGUGCUUCGUGCCCAUACUAUCCGAGACGAAUCGGAGGCCUACCACCGUUCUCGGCGAUUACCUGGGCGACUGGAGGGCGCCUUCGAGCAGCAAGGGCUCCGCGAGAGAUCUCGAGUCGAAACGUGGUUUGAGGGAGUCGGUUCUGGAACUUUUGGUAGCCGUGGUCUCUUCCUCCCGCCCUGGAUCGGACGAGGCCGCAGUCUCUCUGGCUGCGUCAUCGCUACCGGCUGUCAUCUGGGGGGAGUUCCUGGGAGGGAGGGCUGUCGGCGUUAUGGGGUGGAGUUGGUGGGAGCGGGGAGACGCGGAGGAUGGCGGCACGCCGUUGACGGCCAGGAGACUCGCGGCGGAAUUCUUGACGGGACUGGCCAGGCGACCCAGGACCGGUUCCGCCGCUGUCGCGUCCUGGGCAAGCCUUCACGUACUUCCCCCGGAGAGCGACCACGACGAGCUUGGCGGAGAGUCACAGAACCUUCUCGCGGCGGCCGGCUGGGGCGGCGAGUCAUCACCGGCACAGCACCUCUCUGAGCCGGAGCCUGCCCCGCUGCUGGGAAUGAUCGUGCGGUCUCUGGUCCGGCAUGCCUCCACGCACCGAUCCCCCGAUGGCUUCCGCGGCCGGGCUUCCCUCGCCGCUAGCCUCGUGGCCCUGGAGACCGUCCUCGCCGCUGCUGCGCUUUCGCCAUCGUCGACGCCGUCACCACUGUCCGAGGGGAACGGCAGCGCGGAACUGACGAAGAGCCCGCCCACGUCGCCCGUCCCCGUGGCGUUUUUCGCGGGUAGGGGGGUUCCACACACGCCGGCGUUCGGUCAAGGCUGUCGUGGCGAAGGCGUUAGCGGCGGCGGUGGCGCCGGGGACAAGACCGGUCUCGAAUGGGCGCUCCGGCUGGCCUGCCACCGGGAUGCGACGGUCCGAGCGGUUUCGUUCGGGGUCCUCGCCGAGCUGGCCGUCGUCGACCGCGGCCUUCUCGUUCCCACGUCUUCCUCCGCCCCUCGAGAUUCGCCGGCGAUAGCGGGGGGACCGGAACAGGGGGACGAGUCGCCGACGAGAAGCGGGGGAUACUCGGCCCGUGCCGGACAAAGUGCCGUUGUCGGGUCGAGAGAGGAGGACGAGGAGGAGGAAGCAGUUGAAGCGUGUGUGCGCGCGGCGCUUGACGGGCGCUACGAGAGCCCGGUCGUCGCCACCGAGGCCUUGAGGUUCUUGUGCAGACAUACCAAUGUCCGCGCUACCUUUACGAGGAGACUGCCGGCGUACUCAGUCCCAUUGGCGGCAUCAUUGGCCAAGUCAGCUGCACCUGUGCUGGGCGGUGAAAGCGGCCAGAACAAGGCAGGAUCGCUGUCGGUUGCCGCGGCCUCUCUGCGCUUUAUCGUUGUGGUCGUCGCUGCCGCAGUCGACAUCUCCGAUGCCGCUGCCCGAUCGAAGGUGCCAGGGACCGCAGACAGGGGCCACUCGCCAGGGGAGCAGCGAGAACCGCAGGAGGAGCCACGACGAGACGACCAGCACGAGCUCCAUCAGCAGUGUGGGCAGAAGCUCGGGAGGCUGUUGGAGGUGCUUUGGGCAUUGGGCCUCUUGGAGGCCUGCGUGCACGUUGUCGGCGAGGCAUUACCCGUCGAAGGCUCUUCGGGCGGAUUGUCGCGGCGGGACGGCUGGAGCUCGCUGCUGGCAUCCUCUCCCGCCGAGGCUGCCAUGGUGUAUCGGAGUGCCCAGGCCGCUGCGCUUGCUCUGCUCCGCGUGGUAGUCUCCCGCCCCACCGUCUCGGCCACUCGACCCACCCCUGCGGCCAGCACCCCGCCCCCCCUCGAACAAACGGCGGCAUCGGCGGCGGAGCGGGUCUGUACACCCGGCGCUUCUGCCUCAGCAGCGGGGAGUCGCGCCACUGAUCACGACGACGGCGGCGGCAGUGCUGCCGUUGCUGCUUCCACAUCGGGCGGCUCGAACCGGCCAUCGGCAACGACCCCGGCCGGGAGCGGAGGCGUUGACGUCUGGGUGGUGGUGCGACAGGCCUUGCUCCAGAGGACGCCGCUUUUGGCGGGUCUCGUCCGUUGCCUCGUCGCGGCCGCCGCCGCCGCCGCCGUGCUUCGCGGCGGCGGGGGGACGGCGGACCGGGACAGCCCGUGCGAUGGGGCCGUGCGUGUGGUCCAGGAGGCCUGCGCAACGCUCAGCGGUUGUUCGGGGGUUUCCCAGGCCGUUCUCGAGGCCCUUGGCGUCGUGCUGGCGGAGACGCCUUCGGAGGAUGGCGUGAAAUGGGACGGAGGCGUUUCGCGUCGUUGCGGGAACGGCUGUACUGAAGCGGCCAAGACCGAAGCCAAGCUUCUUCUGGCGGCGAUGCUUGCCACUCGGGCCUGGCGGUGCUCUCUUGACCUAGCUUGCGAGAAGGCCUCAUCGCUGGCCGCCGUCCUCUUGGAGGAGGAGGCUGUGGCUUUGACCCGCACCACCGCUCCUGGGGCGACGAGAAAUGCGGUGUCCGCGGAGGCCGAGCUGCGGCGACGGUGCUUGGUCCCUCUCCUGGAGAGCAGCGAUGCCCUUCGAGCCUUGGCGGUCACUUCUGGCUUGAUAGGUGACCUGUCCGUGGCGUUGGAGGCUCUACUCGGGGAGAUAGCCACCGUGGGCCACGGACGAGAAACGCUGCAGAACGCCUCCAGGCACCUGGAAACCCUCAAGGCCAAGCACAAGAAACCGACUGGGGGUAAGAAGAAGACGACGGCAACGCCAUCGUCUCCGACCUCACCCAGCUCCGAUGCCCGCGGCGGUGGCGAGGGCCGGGCGCAUACGGGCAAGCCCAGCAACAAGUACGCGGGAAGAAAGCCGCCGAUUCCGACGGCCAACGCCAAGCUCGUGGCGGCGACAUCACCCAAGCCCUCAGCCGCAACGGCGCGGCGAACAAGCACACCAUCGACGGCGAUGGGGCAAGGGCGUCGUCGAUCAUCAUCGUUGUCGCCGCCGCCGUCGAUGCCGUCAUCUCCACCGUUGAAGGCGGCGAGGGCGCCUGUUCAGUCUGUCGACAGAGGGUUGGGCCCGGAGAGGGAGUUCUACAUGGUGGCGGCUCUGAUGGCGUCGGCGAUCGGAGGCCCGGAGGGACGGGCCGAGGCGUUACGCCUUCGUCUCCCCCAGCUGCUUUGGAAGGCGUGGCCGAUGGCGCUAGCCUCGCAGCUCGCGCACAGCUCUCGCUCAUCUAGUCAUCGUCGGCAUGACCACCACGACCACCGCCGUGGCAGCACCUCGGUUGGUAGUUGUGGCAUGGCGACUGCCGGUACCGCUUCGGGAAGACGGGAUAUGCUGGAGACGCCGGUGUUGCUGCAGGCGUUGCUAGGACUGGCGAGCUGCGUCGCGAGAUCGUGCCCCGAGGGCAAGAAGGCGUUCAUUUUCGCGGGUCCAGAGGGACCGUACGGCCGAGCCGCCACCGAGGCAGCCUGUGACGUCGUCCGGAGCUGCGCACUUUCGCACGAGUGCCGGACGGUGCUGUCUCAGUCCGGAUUCUUUGUGGACGCCUUCGCCCAAAUCAUCCGGCUCUGCGCAAAGGCCGCGAAAACCAAGCCCGGGACUGCAUCGUUCACCACUUUGGCUCGGCGUAUUGGAGACCUGGCAGGCGUUCUGGUGAAUUCCUCGCUCAGAGCGGAGGGCCAGAAGGCGUUGAUGCAGGUGGAAGGUGCUUGUGACAUGCUCGGCGACUUGGUGGCUGUCUGCCUCCGCGCGACUUCCCCCACUGCUGCGACGGCGGCGACAACAACGUACUCGGUGCUGGUGACGCGCACUCUGCUGCUGCUGCGGAAUCUUGCGCUUGCCCCGAGCACGGGCCAGAUCGCCGCACACCGCACGUCUGUCGUAGACCUCAUUCUCCGGAGCACUGGCCGAGAAGGCGAAGGCGAGCUGACUCGGGCCGCGGUGUCUUGCCUCCGAGCUGUGCUAAGAGGGAGUUCCAACGACGGAGGCGGGAAAACGGCCGUCGGCGUGGGGGAUAGGGGAUCGGAGCUGGCGGCGGCAGUGGACCGGUGCCUUGGGGUCCCCGAAAUCGCUGCACUGAGCCACUCGAACGGUCUCAUGAGACGAGUAGGGACUGUCGGCGGUCACGCGGAACGGCAGCUGCGGAGGGAGCUGCUCGCCGCGAAGGAGCUGCUGCUGUAGAAAAUCACGCGUCGGGCUAUGCAUAUGUUUGUUUUUGUGUACUGGAGUGUCUUGCCAUGUUCUCCCCAACGAACCAACGGCAUGGUCCGAGAAGUCAAGGCGUCACGGGUCACAGACAGCCCUCCAGUAUGUACAAUGUUUUUUGUUGCUUUCUUGAGGUUCGGCUUGGUCCGUGUCGCACUUGCCGCAGGAUCAUGUGUAGAAAUUCUCGAGUUUUUUUCUCCUUUGGCAGCGAUGUCACCCGCGUCCCUGAGGACAACGGGACAAGUUCGGGCAAAUCAUACAAGGUACAGUACAGUACAGUACAGCAGUACAGUAGUCAUUCUCUGAUUGUUGUGGAUUUGUUUUAAUCCAAGACCUCGGGGAAGAGUAGCUGCGGGAGUGAAAUCUUCGGAAGUUUCGUCAAGACGUUGUAGCUUAUGGGGUUGAACGUAUCACUUGGACGUCAUUUCCUCGUUCUCUGCAUCUUUGGGUGCACCAGGGCAUUGUUCUCAGCCGUCGAGGGUGUCAGUGGCUGGAGUGCCGGUCAAGCGCGUGCUUUGUCGUGUGUUGUUGGUCAGGGCAGCCAGGUUGGCGCGCCGAAGUAGCUCAGAGAAUGCAGCUGCGGCGAAG